UAUGGAAUGAAGCAAGUUGUGCAACACAUUUCUUUGAUCUGCAGAAGCCCAAAUGGCAGAAGUGAAGCUUUUUGGAAUGUGGGCUAGUCCUUUCAGCCACACAGUAGAGCUAGCGCUCAAGCUGAAAGGGGUACAAUAUCAUUACAUAGAAGAAGACCUCUCCAACAAGAGUCCUCUCCUCCUUGAGUAUAACCCUGUCCAUAAGAAGAUUCCUGUGCUCGUACACAAUGAAAAACCAAUUGCAGAAUCACUUGUCAUCCUUGAGUACAUCGAUGAAACCUGGCAAAACAAUCCCUUGUUGCCGAAAGAUCCUUAUGACAGAGCUAUAGCUCGCUUCUGGGCUAAAUUUUUUCAUGAACAGAUCUUGCCGACAGCUCUAAAGACCAUUGCAGCAGAAGGGAAAGAGCAAGAGCAGAUCAUUGAACAAGUGUAUCAGAAGCUUAAUUUUCUUGAGAAUGAGCUGAACGGAAAGGACUUCUUCGGAGGUGGGAGUAUUGGAUACCUAGACAUUGUGGUAUUUUUUAUAGCCCGUGCAUUUCAAGUCAAUCAAGAAGUUACGCAAGUGGAAUUGAUCAGUAAAGAGAAACUUCCAGCUAUAUGCAAAUGGAUAGAAAAGCUACUCAAAAUAGAUGUGGUCAAUGAAUGCAUUCCUCCGAGAGAGAAACAUAUUGCUUUCAUUAGAGCUCAUCUAGAGGCUGCAAAAUCUUCUUCCAACUAAAAUAAUCUCCAUGAUUAUUCACAAAUCCCGUAUUACUAAUCAUAUAGCAAAUAAGAUUUUGGGCCCCGUGGACGGGCCGGCUUGUAAUAUCUUCAUUUCAGUUUAGUUGUAAUAGAUUUCACAACAAAGAUGAACUAUCCAAGCUGAUACAGUACUCUACUUUUCCAUCAAAAUAAAAUCCAGUUACCUUUAGCUAGCCA